UUUAGUUUGACCAAAAGGUCCAGUUUGUUGUGUAUAUGGUGAGAAAUUAAAUUAAGUUGGCAGAAAAUGAUGUUAAAUGCGAAGAUUUUGAUUAUCAUGGGAGUAGUGAUUUAUGGGGUUAUUGCUAGAAACAUGGAAAGCAAUAAAGAGCUUCUUAAGGAAACAAAUAAUAAGAAGCAUGGAGUUUCUAUGUUGAUGGAAAUAGCGAAGGAGCUUGUACAAAGAUCCUCGACUAGCAGUCAGGUAUUGAAUCUGAAUUUAUCAAAUUUGUUAUUACUUUUGGUAUUGAAAGCAGUCGUAUUUGGAGCAGGAUAUCUAGGCCAUCAUGGUUACAAAGGACGCGACUUAGAAGAAGAUAUACGAAAUAUUGAAAAUAAUAAUAUAUUUCUAGAAAAUGUGAUAUCUGAAGCUGAAGUUACGUUGGCAUUAGGAUACUUAAUGGGAGAUACCUGUCUGUAUAGAGCAGCUUGUGAAGAACCUCACGUUGCGAAAGAAUAUCUAGGAGCUGCAGAAAUGAUCAUCCAAACGAUAAAAUUGCUACCCCAAGGUUCGUCGAUUGAAGGGAAGUACGAGGAAAUAAUGGCGGAAUUCCGAAAAGCCAUCGAACAUGGUGUUGCAGAUAAUUGCCCGUCUCAAUAUACUUGCAAGAAAGAGAGUAUUAAGAAUUUUUUGAAGGAAGAAGGGAAAUGAAAAUAUGCUGAAUUAAUAGUUGACGCUCUGGAAGAACUUACAGUAUUUGUUGGAUGCUUUCAAAAAUAAAUUGUAU